AUGUUCACUGUCUUCGUCUUCCUCACUCUGUACGUUUUCCACGUCGCCGCAUGGUCGCGGACAGCCUCCCUCUCCGGCCAGAACUUCCUCAACGCGUUCCAGUGGCAGACUUUCGCCGAUCCUACGCACGGAAGAACCAACUAUAUUGACGAAAGCACAGCAUGGAAUGACGGCUUGAUCACCGUCAACGGGAAUCAGCUCACGCUUCGCGCCGACUCGUACAGCUACUUGGACCCCAACGGCCCCGGGCGUAACACAUUCAGACUCUCGUCGAACAAUGCAUACACGAGCCAUGUCGCAAUAUUCGACAUCGCGCAUAUGCCACAGGGAUGUGGGACCUGGCCUGCCGUUUGGGAGGUUGGCCAAGACUGGCCAAACAAUGGCGAGAUCGAUAUUGUGGAGGGCGUCAACAACCAGAGUCCCAAUCAGGCGUCUCUCCACACGGGCAGCGGGUGCACUAUGCCUGGGACCCGCACCAUCAACGCUGUCGGCGGACUCGACUGUGACGCGGAUGCCACCGGCGACACGGGCUGCGGCACCAGGUUCACGGCCACGAACAGUUUCGGGCCUUCCUUCAACGACAACGGCGGCGGCUGGUAUGCGAUCGUGAUGACGGACGACGCUAUCUCGAUUUACUUUUGGGCGCGCAACUCGGCCGGCGUGCCUAGCGACGUGACGAGCCCGGGGCAGAGCGUCAAUCCCUCGGCUUGGGGAACACCUUCGGCAUAUUACCCCGGGAGUUCGUCCUGUGACUUUGGGGACCACAUCGGCUCGCAGAAUAUUGUCAUCAACCUCGCCUUCUGCGGAGACUGGGCUGGCAAUGCUCAAGACUACUCGGCGGCUGGAUGUCCUUCGGACUGCGUCGAUUACGUGAACAACAACCCCAGCACGUUCAGCGACGCUUACUUCGAGUUCAACUCGCUCAACAUUUACGAGUGA